AUGUCUGCCUUGAGAUUCUAUUCAUUUGGUCCUCACAAAAUACCGGAAUCCCAAGUGUUUUAUCGUUCCAAGUUUUGUCUUGGUUUGGUUAAUCUUAAACCAAUCACCAGCGGACAUGUUCUUGUUAUUACUAAAAGAGUUGUGCCUAGAAUGCGAGACUUGACUGAAGAAGAGGCAGAGGAUAUGAUGAUCAGUGCUCAAAAGGUUGGUAGAGUUGUAGAAAAGUUCUUUAAAGGAACUUCUCUGACAAUGACUAUCCAAGAUGGUCCCCAAGCAGGUCAAACGGUUCCCCAUGUACACAUGCAUGUAAUCCCAAGAAUAAAAGGAGAUUGGGCCAAUAACGACGACAUUUACGAUGCUCUUGAUUCGAAAAAGGGCGUGGAUAAUGAUGAACGCAAGCCAAGGACUACUGAGGAAAUGAAGCAAGAAGCAGAUCAAUUGUCUAUAUUUUUUGAUCAAUAUAAAGAAGAGUAA